CAACUGCCUGUCUAAUUUAAGUGUAUUAAAUAACUAUAUCAGCUAAUUUUCAAAUUAAAAUAAUAUCUAUACAAAACAUGGCCAAUUUCUCCUAUGGAAUAUUAACCGAUACAUGUCACCUUGGAACAGCACAAGAUGAAUCAGGACCAACUUUGAAAAUGCUUCUUCAACGAUCAUAUAAUGCAAUGAAAGUUACUCAAUCAACUGUGCCUGACGAAAGAAAUGAGAUUGAAAAAAUGCUUUUAUAUUAUGCUGAUGAUUUGAAACUUCACUGUGUGCUAACAACAGGUGGAACAGGCUUUUCGCCUCGCGACAUUACACCAGAAGCUACUAAGAGCGUCAUUCAACGAGAAUGUCCACAAUUGGCUUUAGCAAUGGCUUUGGAAAGUCUGAAGAAAACUUAUUUUGCAGCACUCUCACGUGCAAUUUGUGGAAUUCGCAAUGGAACAUUGAUUAUAAACCUUCCUGGAAGUAAGAAAGCUGUUGUUGAAUGUUUCAAUGCGAUUGAAUCUAUCAUUCCACAUGCUAUCGAGCUGAUAAGAGAUAUGAAAGGGAAAACUAUUGUAACGCAUGAAAAUCUUCAAAGAGAUUUUUCCUUUUCCGUGUCAUCAAAAAGUGAAGACGAUAAGGUUGAUUCGGCUGUUUUUGUUGACAGUAUUAGAACAACAGAAAUAUCUGAUCAAUCAUCAGAAAGUUCAUUUAUUAAGGCGCUGUCAGUACAAACAGACAACUUUCAAAGACAAUCAUCAGAGAUCGAUCAGAAGUCAAUUAAAGUUGAAGACGAUAGAAAAGAAUUCUCUAAACAGUCUUCUAAGUCUGAUAGCAAAGACAUUACACAUCUUUUGAACAUGUCAUCAUCAACAAUGAAUGAGAUUAUUCUUGACGAUGAGAUUUUGAAAGUUCCUACGAGAAAAAAGAGCAAAGCAGAAAAAGGGGAAGAAAGAACCAAAGUGGAGUCAUCGAAUCAUGUUUGUCCACAUAAAACAGCAGUAAUUGGUGACGAAAAUGAUCGUAAUUCGCCUUUUCCUAUGUUGAACGUAUCAGAUGCAUUGGAAAAAGUUUUCUCAACAGUUAAACGAAUUUCUGACCCGGAAGUUUUGAAUAGUCCAAUGAAUUGUCCACCUUUUCGUGCAAGCAUCAAAGACGGUUAUGCGAUAAAGUCAACAUCGUCAUCAAAAUAUCGGAAAGUUAUUGGAUUCAUUGCAGCAGGUGAAAAAAUUGUUAAAAAGGAUUUUGCUGGUGAUGAAUGCUUCAAAAUUAAUACCGGAGCUGCUAUCCCCGCAUUUGCUGAUUCAGUUGUUCAAAUUGAAGACACAAAAUUAAUUAAAGAGAAAUCAGAUGGAAGUGAAGAGGAAAUUGAGCUGUUGACAAUUCCUAAAGCCAAAUGCGAUAUUCGCGAAAUUGGCGUUGACUUGUUGAAAGGUGAAACUUUAUUUACAACAAAUGGAUUGAUGGAUGUUCCUGAAAAGACAAUUCUCGCUUCUGUUGGGAUUCAAAAAGCACAGAAAACACCGAGAAUUGCUGUGAUUUCUACAGGUGAUGAACUCGUUGAUCCAAAUGAAGGUGAAUUGAAUGAGGGACAAAUUUACGAUUCAAACUCGACAAUGCUUAAAUUGUUGCUUCAAAAGCAUGGAUUUGAAGUUAAAACAAUGAAAAUCGCAAAAGAUGAUUACAAAUCAUUGAAAACUUGCGUCGUAAGUUCGAUGAAAGAAUGUGACGUGAUUAUCAGCAGUGGCGGUGUGUCAAUGGGUGACAAAGAUUUCGUUAAGCCUUUAAUGAAAGAACUUGGCUUCGAAAUUCAUUUCGGUCGCGUCAAUAUGAAACCAGGAAAGCCAAUGACAUUUGCAUCAAAUGGCGAUGGAAAGUCUUACUUUGCUUUACCUGGAAAUCCCGUCUCUGCUUAUGUGACAUUCCACAUUUUUGUACUGCCUGCCUUGCGUUUCAUGUGCGGUUUUCCUAAGACUAAAUGCCAACUUCCAACAAUCAAUGCCAUUCUUCAGAAAGACAAAUACACGCUCGAUCCUCGACCUGAAUAUGCUCGAGCGAAGAUUUCUUUCGAUGUCAACAAGGGAUUGUAUUACGCACAUAUGCCCGACAAUCAAAUGAGUAGUCGAUUAGCAAGUUUAAUUGAUGCUGAUGUGUUGCUGCAUUUGCCAGCAGCAACCACAAAAAUUCCAUCAGUUAAUCGUGGAUUUAAAGUUAAAGCUUCAAUUUUAAAUCUUCAUUUCAUAUCUGACUAUCAAGGAUAGGAAAAAAUUGUAGAAAUAGAACAAAAAAUUGCUGGCUAGAAAUUGUACUGAUAAAUUCUUAAAUAAGCUAAAAAGAAUCAAAAACAAAUUUUUUAUAAUUUCUUAACAAUAAAGCAAACUUUAAUAAAAAUAAACUUAAAAAUUGCCUUAAAUACAAAUUGAAAUUCAUUAAAUGAUAACAGAAUUGAUGAAAAGGUGAUCAGUCCUUGCAAAGUAUUCCAUCACAGCUUUCAAUUGAUUUCUUCCCCUGACUUUAUUGAAGGUUUUUUAAUUUCUGGCAAAACUCUAUCAACAGAACAUUCUCGAAUUAUAGAAAGUUCACGUUUUAAUUCUACAUGUUCGUUUAAAAUUUUGUCAAUUUUAUUGCUGAGAGCUGAAUAUUCAUGAGAUGCGUUUGAUGGUGAUUGUUGCGUAUUUGAAGUUUCAUACACAUUCGUAUUGCGCACAGUGUUGAACAUUCCUUGAAUGAAAUGUUUAAUGACAUCUUUUACUACAAAUAGCAAGAAAACUGCCAGCACAACUCCACCAACAACCCAAAUUAAAAUCCUUGUUAUGACAUUCGACGACGAUGAUGCAUUUGUAAAAAUAUCGAAAAAUUGACCAAAUAUUGAUGAGAAGUAACUCAUUUGAAUUUUUCCUAUCCAUUUGGAGAAGACUUCUAAAGGAUCACAAUAUUUUUUUGAUGUUUUAAGUGUUUUUCGCAUAUGUUCUAAACAUUUGUUUUCAGAACUUCCAAAAAGAGUGACACGAAGAGAUGAGAAGAAGUUUUCACGUUCUCCAUGAUAAUCUUUGCAUGGAUUAUUUCCUGAUUUUUCUUUUGAUAGUUUAACCAACUCUUCAACUUCAAGAUCAUUGAGGCAGUCAAAAUAACUCAUCGAAAAACUACAAGCGCAGAUGGCUAAGAAGAGAAAUAAAAUACGAGCUGAAAACGUCAACUUUGAUGAAGAAUAAUAGACUCGGUUUAAUGCAAAAACAAUAAUCAGUAAAGAAACCAGCAGCAUAAUCGAAGAUGUCAUCGAUGGCAAUGAUUCAAUGAAUUGAUGGCUGUAAUGCUCGAUAAUUAUCUGCGCUACUGGCAAAUCGUAAUUUUCAACACUUUGUUCAAACACUUCUGCAAUGAUAUCAUCAAUUUCAUUUAAAUUUAGUCCAUCACAACCCAUUUUCACAAUCAUUUCAUAUUGCUCGUCGGUGAUUUUCAGAGGAACAUUUGCGUUGUAGAAUUUUGAGUUUGAAUUUGAUUUCUCAAAUCUUUUUGGUGCAAAUAUAUAUUUAACAAUUCGUCGGUAAUAUGAAUCACAAUCUAAUGAUUUCUUUUCUUUCCCUUUUUCCUCUACAGGUUUAAGCUCAUACUUAAGAUCACCUAAAUCUAUUUCGUAAGGGUGUUUAUUGUAUUUUGAUUUCACUUGUGAUGCUGCUAAAUGCGAUGACAAUAAAAUUGUUAUAAAAAUGU